GCUGUUGCAAUGUGGGCUUCGCCUCGUUAUGCUUGGAAUAUUUACAGACUUCUUGACGAAAUUCAUAGACAAGAACGUGAAGAGCUAGAGAACAAGCUUGAAGCAAAAGACAAAAGCAUUCAGAAAAGAAUACCACGUUCGGUACCAAAAGGAAAGGAAAAGAACUAUAAGUAUAUGAUUUAUACUGAAGAGAUGGAAAAUGAAGAAGAUAAAGAUAUGGUUAUGUUGCAUUUAGUCAGAAGAAACAACAAAAGCUUUUACGACCUUGCUAAGAUUUACAAAUCUGACAGAAAUUGGUUCUAUCGCGAAAACUUACCGAUUUCAAUGACCCCAAAUGAAGAUGUGAAACAAAUAGUUCAAGAUACGUUACCUCAAACACACUAUGAUAUGAAAGGUUGUACAAUACUUACAUUCAAAGAAGACUUACCGCUACUGAAAGAAAAAAUAACAGAGUAUUUUGACAACUUCAAACAAGUAGGGUAG